AUGGCUGCGAGCAGACUAGUACGAUGGGCUCAUACUCUCGCAUGUUACCAGUACAAGAUACAGUACAGACCAACUGAGGAGCACUCCAACGCUGAUGUGUGUUCCAGAUAUCCGCUGAAGAUCGUAGAGGACGACGACACUGACGUGGCUGAUGUGUUUUUCAACACGUUUGCCGAGACUCCCAUUAUUAACUUUAACUCAGUUAGCAGGUUAACUAGGUUAGAUAGCGUACUUAGCAAGGUUAUGAAGUUUGUGUUAGAGGGUUGGCCUAGCAGGUUAACUAAAUAUCAGGAGGAUAUUAGACCAUACUUCGAGAGACGGACUGAAUUGUCGACAGAACAAGGAUGUGUGCUAUGGGGUAGCCGGAUCAUAGUACCAGAAAAGCUCAGAGAAGAAGUUCUAGAGUUGCUGCAUCUAGCACAUCAAGGAGUUGUGGCAGUGAAAGCUCUAGCUCGCUCGUAUGUGUGGUGGCCACGCAUAAACGAUGACAUUGAGAAGAUGACAAAGAAAUGUGGAGCAUGUCAAGACAGUCAGAAUCUUCCAAACAAGUCAAAGCCCCAUCCUUGGAAACCAGCAACGAGACCUUGGGAACGCAUACACGUGGACUUUUGUGGACCUGUUCACGGUGUAAUGUGGUUAGUGGUUGUCGACGUGUAUACGAAAUGGAUUGAGGUGAUUAACAUGAAGUCCAGUACUACUUCAUCAUCUACAAUCAGAGAGUUGAGAAAGUUGUUCGCAAUACAUGGUUUACCAGUUAUAUUGUGUUCUGAUAAUGCACAACAGUUAAAGAGUGAAGAGAUCGUUAACUUCCUGAAAAGUAACGGUAUUCAACCUGUAUUAGUACCGACUUAUUCUCCAAAUACGAACGGCAUAGCGGAAAGAGCAGUGCAGACUUUCAAGAGAGCAAUGGAGAAAGCUGGAAGAAGAAAUGAAAAUUACGAAAAGAAUCUCGCAAACUGGUUACUACACUACAGAAACACACCAAAUUCUGUAACGAAGAAAUCACCAGCAAUGAUGAUGUUCAACAGACCCACGAGAACUCUACUUUCACUGUUGGAUCCGUUAACCAACAGACCUGAUAAUCUGGAUAGAUAUCUGAAAAAUGGUGAAGAAAAGACGCUAAGAACAUUCCAGAUCGGAGAGAGAGUGAGGAUAUACAACGUGAGGACAGACCAGUGGUAUAAAGGUAAUAUUAUAGGCAAGGAAGGUUGUAAAGUUUACUUGGUCAAAUCCCUGUCUGGUAAUGUAGAACGCAGGCAUGUGGAUCAUUUAGUCCGUGCAGUCGAUCUUGGUGACUGGCCUGAUUCAGUAGAACCGUGUGAACAUGAGAAUACACACGUGCCUUGGCAUAAACCCAGUGCUUUUGAACCAGAGCCUGACCAAGCGGUACCUAUAAUUAAUAAUCCUGAGCCUAAAACCAGUAACAUACCGCAGCCGACUAUUGACUUGAGCUUAAAGAGGCCUAAACUUGUAGCUAAGCAGCCUGUUAUUGAGCUUAUUAGGCAAAAUCCCAGUGACAGUAUGAUUGGAGCUAAAUCCAAUACUGCAAAAUCUACACGUGUCUCAAACCGGCUGAAGACCAAUGUUGAAAGAUAUAACUACUUUAAACUUGGAGGUAAUUAA